AUGGGUGACUCUAAAUUCAAAGUCGCAGAUGGUCAACAAUUAAAUAAUUCCAAUUAUGUGUUGCCAAACGAUUCGGGAGAAGAAGAGAGAUUAAACAUACAACACCUUAUCUUUAAACAUGCCUUCAAUGGGAGUUUUUCAGCACCCGUCGACCAACUGUUGAAAAGUGGGGCAAGGGUACUUGAUGUCUGGUUAGUUGAGCGAUGUUGUGGUUCAGCCGCUUGGACCUUAGAAUUAGCCAAGAAAUACCCUAAUUCUAAUUUCAUCGGCAUAGACAUUGCACCUGUGGUCCUUGCGGACGAAAAGCCUAGUAAUGUCGAAUUCGUAGAACAUAAUGUCCUUGACGGACUUCCUUUUGAUAGCAACUCAUUCGAUUACGUAUUUGCCAGAGCUGCUGUCUCAGUGUAUACAAGAACACAAUGGACUGAGCUUGCUAUUCCCGAAUACACGAGAGUUACCAAGCCAGGUGGAUGGGUAGAGUUGAUGGAGUUUGAUGCUCUAAGAGGUGAAGACGAUAUUAAUAUUCAACGUGUGUAUGAUGCAUGGGUUAUUCUGGCUGAACCGAAAGGUUUAGUUGUGUCACCUGGCUCGGAAAUCCGGGGCUUUCUGGAACAAUCUGGUUGGUUGACGAACAUUGGUUAUGUGGAAAAGUCUAUCCCAAUAGGACCAAAGGGAGAAAAGUAUGCCGAAAUGGCAAUACGAAGCUUUCAGGACGUCUGGCGUGGACUGAAAAUUCCCUUUUCAGCAGUAAUGCAGGUGACUGGGGAGCAAUAUGAUGCUAUUAUCGAAGCAGCAGUCCAGGGGCUCAUAGAUAAGGGUACCACUUGGAAAAAUAUGAGGGUAUGGGGUCAGAAAAAGGAUAAUUCUGUUUAG